AUGGCGAUAUCGAAGAUUAGGUUGAAAGCUUGGUUCAAUAAGAAGAUCAGCGAUCCUCUUGUCGAAAUCUUGCGCAGAGGUGCUGAGCCAAAGCAGCUGGCUUUCUCUGCGGCACUUGGCAUUACAAUGGGAGUAUUUCCAAUUUGUGGUGUUACGGUGUUGCUAUGUGGAGUGGCUAUUGCGUUGCUUGGAUCUCUUUGUCAUGCUCCAACUGUGAUGUUGGCUAAUUUCAUUGCUACUCCAAUAGAACUAAGUCUUGUGGUGCCUUUCUUACGGCUUGGCGAAAAAAUAACUGGUGGACCUCAUUUUCCUUUAACAUCCGAUGCUCUGAAGAAGGUUUUGACAGGCCAAGCUUCCCGAGAUAUUUUUAUAAGCAUUGGGAAUGCGCUACUAGGGUGGCUCGUAGCGGCUCCAUUUGUUAUCGUUGCACUAUACAUUAUGUUUCUACCGUGCUUCAAAAUCCUUGUCCGUCAAUUCGGCUCUAAUGCUCCAACCUCAAAGACACAUACCAACUCAGAACUCAAGUCAAAGUCACGGGUCGCUUAA